GAAAGAAACUAUUCGUUUUGAAGGCAGAGACUUCCCACAAGUCCAGCCAACGGGAAGGGCUGGAGAAAACCGGAACGCAUGCGAUGUGUGUGGGAAGCACUUCAAAGAUGAGUCCAACCUUAAAAGACAUCACAGAAGCCACACAGGAGAAAAACCUUACCUGUGCGUGUACUGUGGGAAAACCUUCAGCCGGAACGCAAAUCUCGCUUCGCAUCACAGGACCCACACAGGGGAGAAACCGUAUGCCUGCACGCGUUGCAGCAAGACUUUCUGUGAUAAAUCGAGCCUGAAUCGACACCAGAGGACCCACACCGGGGAAAGGCCGUACGAGUGUGAGGCCUGCGGCAGAUGCUUUGACCUGAGCCAGUCCCUGAUUAGUCAUCAGAGGAUACAUACAGGGGAGAGACCGUAUCAGUGCUCAGAAUGUGGCAAAACUUUCAACCGAAGCCAAAACCUGCGUAGUCACCAAAUAAUUCAUACGGGAGAAAAACUGCAUAAGUGCUCGGAGUGCGGGAAGAGCUUUAGUCGCAGCCAGAAUCUGACCAGGCACUUGAGUAGCCACACGGACAGCAAACUGUACACAUGCUAUGAGUGUGGGAAAAGUUUUCGCCUGAGCCAGUAUCUUAUUAGCCAUCAAAGGGUCCACACAGGAGAGAAACCGUAUACAUGUUCCCAGUGUGGGAAAAGUUUCAACCUCAGCCAAAAUCUGAUCAGCCACCAACGAAUACACACGGGGGAGAAACGAUACCAGUGUUCCGAAUGUGGGAAAAGCUUCAGCUGGAGUCAGGAUCUGCUCCGCCACCAGAGGAUCCACACAGGGGAGCAACCGUAUCAUUGCUCGGAAUGCGGGGACCGCUUCAAUCGUCGGGAGAACCUUAUUAGACAUAUGAGAAUGCAUGCAGGAGAAAGCCCUUAG